AUGGGUAAGGUUGUACCUUGCAUAAUUAGAGAAACUGGUGUUCGAGGCUUUGUCAUUGGCGUUCAGAGAGUAGGAAAUGUAGGCAUGGUCACUAAGACUGUUCUCAUCGUGAACUUUCCAGUUGUUGAUAAGAUUAAGACAGUUAGGGCNAAUCUCAUUGCAGAUAUUCUUUCAAGGGACAUAAGGCAUCCUACACCCAAUUUCUCAACACCAGACCUAGAUGAACAAGUAUUAAUAAGAACAGUUGGUAUGAAAAUCACAGACACCAAACUCAUAGAAUUAGCUGAAAACACGAGACAAGAUCAAAAUCUGCAGACUGUAAAGAAAUACAUAUCAGAAGGAUGGCCAGUACAUAAAAAGUCUAUCCCUUCAAGCAUCAAACCCUACUACGAUUUUAAAGAAGACCUAUACCUAUGGAAGGAUAUUAUAUGUAAAGGACCUGCCAUAGUAAUUCCAGAGAAACAAAGAACCAAAGUUCUACAGCAAAUUCAUGCUGCACAUCUAGGAAUCAACGCUUCACUCAGCAGAGCGAGGAAUAAGGUAUACUGGCCAGGAAUGAAUCGUGACAUAGAAGAAGCAGUAAAAUCUUGUAGACAAUGUCAAAGAUUUCGACCAGCUCAGACAAAAGAACCUUUGAUACCCCACAGAAUUCCUACAUAUCCAUGGCAAGAAGCAACAGCGGAUAUUUUCUAUUUGGCCAGCAGUCCAUAUUUGCUAAUUGUGGAUAGAUACAGUGCCUAUCCAGAAGUUUAUAAAAUGCUUCCAAAUCGACUGAUGCUUCCAAAGUUAUUCCCAAGUUCAAAGAAACUUUUUCGCGAUUUGGAAGUCCAGAAAUAUUAA